AUGACGACUAACCCGAGCCAAGACAUGUCUGUGAACAGCUGGAAUUCAUUGUCGAAAAGUCAACGCCAUAAAAGUGAGUCAAAUAUUGUUUUCCUCAACAAAAAAGUGUUUGCAGUGGUUCUGGCGAUGCAAGAGCACAAUAACGCUCUGAAAUUGGAAAUCGACCGAUCGCAAAAGGAUCUCGUCGAUUAUCGAUCCGUGCUCCCGGAGCAGUGCCGCGAAUUGUUCGAGAAGGAGAAAACGAUGCUUUUGAACCAUUAUGUACGUUUUUUUUCAACUUUUUUGCACCUAGAAAUUUUUUAAAUUUUUCAGAAGACGGCGGAAUUGUGUCCAAGAGUGGUGAAAGAGGGACUGAACGAGGGCGAAGCGGACCGAAUGAUCAAAAGUAUUCGGGAACGGACUGAGGCUCGAAUGGCCGACGACCGACACACUCGACUGAUUUUAGACCGCGUCGCCGAGGUAAAAAUUAGGCAAAACAUUGUUCAAUUUUAAAUUUCCCAAUUUUCAGACAGAACGCGAAAACGAAGCGAUGCGCCAGCACAUCAUCGCCACCGCCCAAAAUCUGCUCGGAUUCAUUCGCAACUAA